AUGGCUUCAGUUUACGCAGCCCCUCAGUUUCUAUUGGAAUUGCCUGAUCUAGCUUCAGGUUUCCCAGGCGACUUAACUAAGGUGCCGCUGCUCUCCUUCACCCCAUUUCGUCUUCAUCUCCCGACAUACUGCCAACCCUCCGAUUCUUUUUGUGAUAGUGAUCAACAGUCUCUCAUUCGCUUGGCUACGUCCUCAGGCUCCAUUCAGUUUGCUCGUCUUCUGAUUCUUGCCAACUCGGCCGCUUCCAAUCUUCAGAUGGUUCAAGCUUCUAUUACCUCUAUUAUCCUCGAUUCAGUAAUUUUGUUUGGUUCUUGCUCGUUACCGAGUAAAAGCAAUUUGCUAUUUUAUCUGGAUUUUUUCUUAACCAAUAUCUUAACACAAAUAUGCUUGAGUUAG